AUAAUGAAAAACAAUUAGAAAUGACUGUUGGCAUGAAAAACUAUAAGCCACAAGAAAUCAAAGUGUCAGUUAAAAAUAAUGAACUUAUUGUUCAAGGUGAACAUCGACAUAAAGAUGCUAAUCGUACAGAACGAUCAUUCUUCUUUAAAUCAACAGUUUUACCACCUGGAACACAAGUUGAUCAGCUUCAAUCACAUUUAACUGAUGAUGGUCAAUUAAAGAUUGAAGCACCAUUUGUUGAACAAAAGGAAGCUCCAAAAUCAAUUGAACCAAAAGAAGCACCAAAACCAGCUGAGACUGAGAAAAAGCAAGGUGAUAAAUAA